AUGUGGGGCGUAAGUACAAUUCCACAAAUGACAUCGAUCAACCGAGCAAAGGCCGACAAAAUACCUGACCCUUGGUUCGAGAAAAUUCCUGGUGGUUUUUACAAGGCGAAGGAGCAGCAGCAAAGGAUACGCAAAAGCCUCGAUAUGAAGAAGCACAGGAGUCGUCGUCACAGUGACGACGAGUAUGACGAUGAGCAUAGCAGACCUGACAGAGACGACGGCUAUCGCUCCGAGGGACACGGCAGACGUUCGACUCUCGGCAAGAGUUAUGAUGGAGGUGACGAUUAUGAUUCGAUCAACAACCGUCCGCGACGAAGCCGAAGCAAGCCACGACGAUAUAGGGACGACGACGAUAGGUACGGACACGAAGAUGCUUACAGUCGGCGAGAUCGGCGGGAUGGCGCAAAUGGAGUAGAAUAUGGCACUGGUGUUGUACCGCCAGAGCAGCAGCUGCCCCAAGCACACCCAAUUCCACCAGGAGUAGACCCUUAUGUGGCCGGUGCUGCCGCUGCGGCGGGAGCUGCUGGAGUCCAGGCAGCACAAGCUGCACCAUUUUCGCCAGUCUCAGACCCGCGAUCUCCUCAACCUCCGCCAUCCUUGAGCAACCACUCCGGAGGCACGAAUCCAUUUGUGAGAUCGACUUCAACCCUUCGCGGUGGCAUGGCUACUGGCUACGUUCCAUACGCGCACAUCUAUGGCGGUCCUAAGCAAGCAAAUGACUCUCCGAACUUUGCACCUCCACCAUCUGACACAGCAUCGGUUCAACCCAAUUCCUUGAAUCAAGUCGCAGCACCUGUGGCACAGCAACAAGGCUACGUACAGAAUCCGUAUGCCCAAGAAGCACCACCUGGUAGUCAGCCAGCCUACAUGCCUGAUCCAUACUGGAAUGAGCGGCAGUAUCAGAAGAAUCAGCAUAGAGAGCACAACGGUCGCCGAGACAGACCCAGGAGGGACGAUUAUGAGUCGUCCGAGGACUCUUACUCGCCGCCCAGAUCUAGGAGAAGCCGACGCUCUCGACGAGAUCGGUCGUAUUCGCGAGACAGAUAUUCAGACGACAGCCAUCGUAGCAGACGAGCGCCCAGUGAGCGCCCACCUAAGGGCAAUGCCGGUCCGCCAGCUCGCGGUAAGUCUCAGAUGAAAGGGCCAUUCGAUACGUCCUCGAAAGGACUUGGCUCGUCGGUGGUCGGUGCGAUAGCUGGAGGUCUCGUCGGCAGCGAGCUGGGCAAAGAUUCCAAAAUUCCUGGCGCAGUCGGUUCAAUACUCGGCCCGCCAACGGUAAGACAACCGCACCCUCAACCUCCACCUGUAUUCGUAGAUCCACACAAGUCCCUCGCGCCACAGAUGGCGUACCCAUCAUCAUCACCACCACCACCACCACCACCACAUUCGAGGUUGGCGAGUUGUUCCUGGGAUGAAGGAAGAAGCACGAUCGCGUGCCAGGAGUGGCUACAGCUCGAACUAGCAGGUAAGGCUUGCGAUACUCAUUCCGAACAGCCACUGCUGGACACUUCAUCAACGACCAUCCAAUCGCCAAAUACCUUCGAUGCAGGAAUGCAAGCGGCUUUUAUGCCAAUAAUUUUCAGUCAGCAGCAUUAA